AUUUUGGAGCUGUUUUUCACAGAUUUCUUUGUUUUCCCAGGAGAGCUGGAGCGGCUCCAACCGGCUGCACUGCAGCACCUGGUUGUGCUGUCCCACAGCCAUGGCCAGGAGUGUGGCUUUGUGCCGGACAUCCAGCUGCCAGCACCGGGCAGUGCAGCCCCGCUGGCUUGGGAGUGCGUGGCUGGACACCGCUUCUCAUGGGGUGGCUCUGGGGUUCCCAACAGCCCCUCCCACGACCACCUGAAAGCAGGCCAGGGAUGCGGCCCCUCCCUGGGCACUGGGCGCCGGCAUUCUCUCCGUAGGGCCACAUUGGGCUCCAACGAGGCUGGAGUGGAGGGAACAGCCAGGUCACCUCAUGGUGACAGGGACUGGAGCAAGGAACUAAGAGAUGGUGAUGACAGUGGCGGCACAGCCCCCCAUACGCCACUUGGACCAGGGCCUGCGGUGGCAGCUGGCAAGAGCGCCGUCCCUGGGGACAAUGUAGAGCCAGGAGCUGAGCCCCGAGAGGAAGAGGAGCGUGGGGACUUUGCCGAUGCUGAUGACUUGGCCUACACUGAUGACCUGCAUGAUGAGAACUACCACCCAUCCCUGGACAGUGACUCAGAGCCACAGCGACACCAGGGCCAACCCAAGGCCCACAAGAAACCAAUCAAGGAGGAGCCGCCCCUGCUCAAGCCGCCCCUGCCCAGCUCUGGCCCCUUGGAGGAGAAGAGCGGACGGGUCAGUUGCCGGCGGCAGACACAGGCGAGUGACAAGGACAUGGCUCAGAUCGGCCCCAAGAGAAUCAGGAAGGCGGCAAAGCGUGAGAUACUCCUGUGCGACUUUGAAGGCUGUGGCAAAAUCUUCUCCAACCGCCAAUACCUGAACCACCACCAGAAGUACCAGCAUGUGCACCAGAAAACCUUCACUUGCUCUGAGCCCACCUGUGGGAAAUCCUUCAACUUUAAAAAGCAUCUGAAGGAGCACGAGAAGCUGCACAGUGACAAGCGGGAUUACAUCUGUGAGUUCUGUGCACGCUCCUUCCGCACCAGCAGCAAUUUGAUCAUCCACCGACGGAUCCACACUGGGGAAAAGCCACUCCAGUGUGAGAUCUGCGGCUUCACCUGCCGCCAAAAAGCCUCCCUGAACUGGCACAUGAGGAAACAUGACGCCGACUCCUUCUACCAAUUCCCAUGCGAUGUCUGCGGGAAGAGGUUCGAAAAGCGGGACAAUGUCACCGCCCACAAGAGCAAGAGCCACCCCAGGGGGCUUGGGGGACCCCCCCAGCCCGAGGGAAUCCAGCAGCAUCCGGAGCCCCCCGGGUCAAUGGAACCUCUGGAGCUGCUUGGGAACGUCCUGGGGAGUGGGAGGGAUACAGGGAGGACCCCACAGGAGUACGGCGGGGGGGAUGUUGGGCAGGAUCCAGGCAUGCCCCGAGGUGAGGGGAUGGGUUAGAGGGGGUCCUAGUGGGCUCAUCCCCCAGUUUGGGGACUGGAGCAGAACUGGGGAUGAUGCUGGACCCUGCAGCCGCUCCAGGUGCCAAAAAUACACGGGCAAGGCAAAACUGGGGAAAAUCCCAGGUUUUCAGCCAAAUCCCAGAUGAACCCCCAAAGUUUUCAGCCAAAUUGCUGGAGCAAAUCCUAGUUUUUCUGCCGAAUCCCAGCUUCCCCUGACCCCAGCAGUAUUGCCACAGGUGGAUCCUCAAUAAAGACUUAUUUUGGGUAAA